UUUUAAAAUUAAACCCAAACCCAAACCCAAUUCAAUAAAAAUUAAACUUUACCCAACCCAACCCAUCCCAACACAACCCAUCAUCCUCCUUCCAACCCUAAUUUCCUAACCCUAUUCAUUUCCCUUUCUCACUCACGCAGCACACCUCAUAGCCCUCCCCUUCUUGCUUCUGCAGUUUUUCCUCACUCACUCUCACAGCCUCACCUUCGACUUUCCCCUACCCUUUUGGCUUAUGUUGCUACAGAUCUGCUGCUGCUGCUAUAGAUUUGUUGCUGCUGCUGCUACUACAGAUCUGCUGCUGCUGCUGCUACUACAGAUCUGCUGCUGCUGCUACUACAGAUCUGCUGUUGCUGCUGCUAUAGAUCUGCUAUUGAAACUGCUAUUGAUCUGCUGCUGGAGCCUGGAGUUGGAAUGGGGAUCUCCGCAGGAAUCCCCGUUUCCCGCAGGAAUCCCCGUUUCCCGCAGGAAAUGGGGAUGGGGGACAAAAUUUGCCCCUCGUCAAAAAUCCCCACGGGGAUCCCCGUCCCCGUCAUUCGCGGGGACGGGGAUGGGGAAGAACUCCCCGACCCCGCGGGGCCCCGUUAACAUCCCUACUCCUGACAAGAACAUAUAUCGAAAAAUAAAGAAGCAAUUGGGUCUUAAACAUUGUUAAUUAUCUUAUUGCAAUAUCUUGUUCGAUCUGAUCUUGCAUUCUCAAUUCUUGAUAUUUAUGUGAUCUCUUCCUCAUGAUGGAGAAAUUGAUAAACAUUGUUUUCCAAUGGGAAGAUUUAAAAGUGUAACUUUUUCAAGGGUGGAGUUCAUAUUGUCAAGGAUGCUCAGGUUGAAGAUAUAGUUGGUAUUAUCACUGUGAAGAAAGUGACGUUAAAUCA